AUGAGUGAUCAAGAGUCAUAUGCCGUUCAGGGCAAGGUCAUUGAUGAACCUUUUCAAAAUGACGAGAAACCUUUUGAGGCGAAGGACUUGGAGCCUUUUGGUAAUGAGGAGACUGCUGAGGUUAAGUAUCGGACUAUGAAGUGGUGGCAUUGCGGCAUGCUGAUGAUUGCUGAGAAUGUCUCCGUCGGAAUUCUUUCUCUCCCAUCUGCUGUGGCCACCCUUGGAAUGGUCCCUGCUGCUAUCAUGAUUCUGUUCAUCUCUGCCCUUUCAUGGUACACGGGCUAUGCCAUUGGCCAAUUCAAGCUCCGCCACCCUGCCAUUCACAGCAUGGGAGACGCCGGUGAGCUCUUGAUGGGCCGUUUUGGCCGUGAGCUACUCGGUAUCGGCCAGCUUUUGCUGCUAAUUUUCCUCAUGGCUAGCAAUAUUCUCAUGUUCAACAUCUUGAUGAAUGCAUUGACGAAUCACGGCACUUGUACGCUGGUCUUUGGUGUCGUUGGACUGAUUAUUUGUUUCCUGGGCGCUUUGCCGCGUACUAUGGAUAAAGUUUACUGGAUGUCUGUUGCUUCAUUCCUAAGUGUGCUGGUUGCAACAAUUAUCACCAUGAUUACCGUGGGUGUCGAGAGCGAGGGCUGGGUCCCUAACGAAGUCACCACGACUGUCAGCUUCCGCGAGGGCUUCUUGGCCGUUACCAACAUCAUUUUCGCCUACCUUGCCCAUGUCGCAUAUUUCGGCUUCAUGUCUGAGACAGAGGACCCAAGAACCUUCAACAAGUCGCUAGCCAUGCUUCAAAUCGUCGACACGGUUCUGUACCUGGUCAGCGCAUUGAUUAUCUAUCACUACGUGGGGCCCGAUGUCAAGUCGCCUGCCAUUUCUUCUCUGAGUCCCUUGAUGAGAAAGAUCGCUUGGGGUAUGGCUAUUCCAACCACUAUCCUUUCCGGUGUCGUCUUGGGCCAUGUCGCUUGUAAAUACAUCUAUGUCCGCAUGUUCCGUGGCUCAGACAACAUGCACAGCCGAAGCUUCCUGUCUAUUGGCUCCUGGGUUGCUAUUUGUCUUGGAGUCUGGGUUAUCUCGUGGGUUGUGGCUGAGUCCAUUCCCGUCUUCAACGACUUGCUCAGUCUUAUUAGUGCACUAUUCGGCAGUUGGUUCAGCUUCGGUCUCCCUGCUAUCUUCUGGCUGCACAUGAACAAGGGUCAAUAUUUCAAGAACUGGAGGAAGAUUUCUUUGACCAUUAUCAACAUCGGUAUCUUGGCUAUUGCCUGUGCUAUUUGUGGAUUGGGUCUCUGGGUUUCGGGUGUCGCCAUUCACGAAGACUCAGGCACUGCCAGCUGGUCUUGCGCCAACGCCACCUGA